CCAGAACUAAAAAUGGCAGCGGGAAAAAUGCAUUGCGUAAGAUUCCACAGAAAAUCCCUUUAAGGAUCACUCGAAAUGUAAUAUCGCGAAAUGCACUAACACCAACAACUAAAUUACCACAUGCGAUGUAUUACAAUAACAAUAAUAGGGCAAACACGCCUCACACGUCCGCAGUCACACCACUGACUUCAGCUGAUAUGAAGUCCACUAGCACCCUCCUGUAUGAUGAGCCCAACCUGGAAGCCAUCAAUCGCUCACUCUGGCUGACAACAACUGUCAACGGCAGCGCAACAUUCGCCAGCAGCACAGACAUUCCCCUACAAACAUUGCGCAUGGCCAAUACGACGAAUAACAUCACAACUGCCAUUGACGCUGACGAGGAAUGGGCGCGUUUCUACGACUUGAUGUUGUCGUGGCAGGGCAUUUGUCUAAUUGCCGUCUUCAGCACCUUUAUUGUGGUCACCAUCAUUGGCAAUACACUUGUCAUUUUGGCCGUCAUAACAACGCGUCGCUUGAAAACGGUCACGAACUGUUUUGUCAUGAGUUUAGCCGUUGCUGACCUAUUGGUGGGGAUAUUUGUAAUGCCACCGGCUGUUGCUGUACAUUUAAUAGGCUCAUGGCGCCUGGGUUGGGUGCUCUGCGAUAUUUGGAUAUCUCUGGAUGUGUUGCUCUGCACUGCGUCUAUACUGAGCCUUUGCGCCAUAAGCGUGGAUAGGUACUUGGCAGUUACGCAACCUCUGACCUAUUCACGCAAAAGGCGCUCAAAGCGUUUGGCAUUCCUUAUGAUUUUGGUUGUUUGGAUUUUGGCGUUGGCCAUCACGAGCCCACCAAUGUUGGGUUGGUAUGAGCCCGGGCGAAGGGAUCUGAGUGAAUGCCGCUACAACCAAAAUGAAGGUUAUGUGAUCUUCUCCGCUAUGGGCUCGUUUUUCAUUCCAAUGGCUGUUAUGAUUUAUGUCUAUGCGAGGAUUUCUUGUGUUGUUGCGUCGCGCCACGACCAUAUGACAGACAUUAGUGUACAUAAUAAGAAAUUCAAACGCUACACAGCCGCCGAUGUGGAAAAUGACGUUGACCAUGAUUUCUCUGAACAGGAGCUUAGUUCGGGUCAGCGAAAGCAAGCAGCUGCCCGCACAUUUUCAAAUCAAACCAUAGCCAAAGAUUUGCAUGACGCUAUGCUAUACGAACGAGAAAGUGGUGGCGCCAAUACAACAACAACCGUCGGCAGUAGUGGCAUCGGCAAUGACGGCGCUUCCUCGUCACAUAGUCACUCCCUGCUGGCGCUGAGUGCAGCGCAUGCCAAGAAUAGCUGUUAUGAAUUGACGCGUCCGUCGUCCUUGAAACGCACCCCCACAUCGUCCUCCACCAUGACAGUUAUGACAAGUGGUUGUGGCGGCACGAGCGCUUCUCCUGCCACAGGCGUUUGCUUAAAUGUUCCCUCUGUUGGUAAUACAACAAGCGAUCAACAUUGGCCAACACGUACGCUAAGUGCGAGACAUCACCAUCACUUUGGCGCUUCUGGCAGCGGUGGUGGUGGUGGUGGUAGCGGUGGCGGUGGUGUUGUAAGUUCGACAGCACCGGCAGAUAUUGCAGCCACAUCACCAAAUUUGCAACCGGAAGCUGCUGCAUUGACACGACAUACACGCAUACAGCAGCAGCAACAACAACAACAGCCACAUCACCAUCAUCAUGGUAAAUCCUUUUCCAAUCGCAUCACUUCGUUGAAGAAAGAAAACAAAACUACACAAACGCUGAGCAUUGUUGUGGGGGGUUUCAUCGCUUGCUGGCUACCGUUUUUCAUUUGCUAUUUGAUCACACCCUUUCUGGGAGAGCAUCAAGUCAGUCGGACAUUGGCAAAGGGACUCACCUGGUUGGGGUGGUUCAAUAGCGCCAUAAAUCCCUUUAUUUAUGCUUUCUACAGUGUUGACUUUCGGGCGGCAUUCUGGCGGUUGACUUGCAAACGCUUCUUCAGCGGAUCCAUGCGACCACAGUUUCCCACGAAUACCAUGUCCAUACGGCGAUAGUUGUACGCUUUGCAAGUGUAUUCCACAUGAGUAAGGCACAGUUAGACACAAAAUAUUAGUUAAG